AUGUCCAUUGCUCAAAUCUAUAAGUUACAUGAUACUAUCACAUUUCUGCCCCUCACCUCGGUAUUUAUCUAUCCAUCAGUCUUGCUUUCUAUUUAUCUGUCUAUCUCCGUACUUAUUUCUCUCUCCAUAUUUAUCUCUCUCUCUCUGUGUCUCCAGAUUUUAUCUAUAUCUCUCUCUCUGUCUCCAGAUUUUUAUCUAUAUCUCUCUCUCUGUCUCCAGAUUUUAUCUAUAUCUCUCUCUCUGUCUCCAGAUUUUUAUCUAUAUCUCUCUCUCUGUCUCCAGAUUUUAUCUAUAUCUCUCUCUGUCUCCAGAUUUUAUCUAUAUCUCUCUCUCUGUCUCCAGAUUUUAUCUAUAUCUCUCUCGGUGUCAUCAGAUUUUUAUCUAUAUCUCUCUCUCUGUCUCCAGAUUUUAUCUAUAUCUCUCUCUGUGUCAUCAGAUUUUUAUCUAUAUCUCUCUCUCUGUCUCCAGAUUUUAUCUAUAUCUCUCUCUGUGUCAUCAGAUUUUAUCUAUCUCUCUCUCUGUCUCCAGAUUUUAUCUCUCUCUGUGUCCAGAUUUUAUCUAUAUCUCUCUCUCUGUCUCCAGAUUUUUAUCUAUAUCUCUCUCUGUCUCCAGUUUUAUCAUCUCUCUCUGUCUCCAGAUUUUAUCUAUAUCUCUCUCUGUGUCAUCAGAUUUUAUCUAUAUCUCUCUGUGUGUCAUCAGAUUUUUUAUCUAUAUCUCUCUCUGUCUCAAGAUCUAUAUCUCUCUCUAUCUCAUCAGAUUUUUUAUCUAUCUCUUUCUCUCCAUAUUUUUAUCUAUCUCUCUCUCUCAUCAGAUUUUUUAUCUAUAUCUCUCUCUCUAUUUUAUCUAUAUCUCUCUCUGAUAAGUUUUAUCUAUAAACAAGAUUUUUUUAUCUAUAUCUCUCUCUCUCUCUGUCUCCAAAUUAUAUCUUUCUGUCUCAUUUUAUCUAUAUUCUCUCUCUGUCUCCAGAUUUUAUCUAUAUCUCUCUCUCAACCAUCAACAUUUAAAUAUCUCUCUGUGAAAACCAAACUUUAUCUAUAUCUCUCUGUGUGUCAUCAGACUUUAACUCUCUCAAUGUCUCAAGACUUAUCCUCUGAGACACAUGGAUGGAUGAAUGUCAACAGUCCGACACAGAGAGAUGAAUGCAUGUCAACAGUCCGACACAGAGAGAUGAAUGCAUGUCAACAGUCCGACACAGAGAGAUGA